AACGUUGACAGAAGAGCGCGCGCCCAGUCCCGGUGAAGAAGCUCCGUUAUUGCGAGAGAGACAGGAGGAAUUAGACACAUAACACACUCAUACACACACACACAGGAAGCCGUGCGGGCCUCGGAGAAAGGGUCACUCACUCACUCACUCUCUCACCGCCUCUAAACUGUCGCCUAAAAAAAGGAAGUAAAGGACAAAUCGGCUGAAUCUCAGCAGAGCGCCGCGCGACCGGGAGCUGCCUUUCUGUCCCCAGUAACUUGUGGAAUUUAUCGAGCGAAACUAAAAAAGAAAAAGAAAAGUAUAUCGGUCUACCUCUGUGCCCUCGUGUACGUUUUUAUCUCACGUAUAAUUUCUUUUUUUUUUUUUUCCAGCAGUAUAACAGUCGUUGUAACGUAAAACCCCCGCAGCAGUGACAGGAAGCAGCAGCUUUGCUCCAGCACGCGCAUUUCCAGAAGUGCGACGAACACUUGCUUCUUCUUCAGCGCUUCUUUUGUACUCGAUUUCAUAUUUAUACGCUGUUUGUUUUCUCGGUGUAUCCUGGGGCCUGGGCUGUGAUUUUCUUGGAAUAUGGUGGGGGAAAUGGAAACGAAGGAGAAGCCGAAGCCGAGCCCAGACUAUCUCAUGCAGCUGAUGAACGACAAGAAGCUGAUGAGCAGCUUGCCCAACUUCUGCGGCAUCUUCAACCACCUCGAGCGCCUCCUCGAUGAAGAGAUCAGCAGAGUACGGAAAGACAUGUACAACGACACGUUAAAUGGGAGCACAGAGAAGAGGAUUUCAGAGCUUCCCGACGCGGUGGGUCCCAUUGUACAGCUCCAGGAGAAGCUUUAUGUGCCUGUUAAAGAAUACCCUGAUUUUAAUUUUGUGGGACGGAUCCUCGGCCCUCGAGGUCUUACGGCCAAGCAACUGGAGGCUGAAACAGGAUGCAAGAUCAUGGUGAGAGGCAAAGGCUCCAUGAGAGACAAGAAAAAGGAGGAGCAGAACCGUGGCAAACCCAACUGGGAGCACCUGAACGAAGACCUGCACGUCCUAAUCACGGUAGAAGAUGCUCAGAACCGUGCUGAGAUCAAGCUCAAACGAGCCGUUGAGGAAGUCAACAAGUUGCUGGUGCCUGCAGCUGAAGGAGAGGACAGUCUGAAGAAGAUGCAGCUGAUGGAGCUGGCCAUUCUCAAUGGCACCUACAGGGAUGCCAACAUUAAAUCACCGAGUGCCCAGGCCCCGCGCAUCAUCAGCGGCCCAGCGCCCGUGUUGCCACAAGCCGCCCUGCGCACUCCCGCUCCUGCUGGCCCCACCAUCAUGCCCCUAAUUCGGCAGAUCCAGACUGUCAUGCCCAACGGUUCAGCCCACGCCCAUGCAGCCGCUGCCACCUUGGUGCCUCCUGGCCCGGAGUCAGCUGGCCUGAUUUACGCCGCACCCUAUGAAUAUCCAUACACACUGGCACCAGCCACCUCCAUCCUCGAGUACCCCAUCGACUCCAGUGGCGUGUUAGGUAAGCACAGUUGUGAGUGCCCUGGCAUGCCACCUCACCAACACCAGUACCCACUUGGGCAGUGGGGUGCAGCUCCUACCUUUCUCCUGCGUCACUCUUCUUAAACCCCGAACACACCACACACCCCACCUCUUUUCCCAUCACCUUAGGAAAAAUAAAUAGGCAACAAAAUAGCACUGCAAACAUUUGCCCACUUAAUCCAUUUAGUUUCAUAAAAGUCAUUUCUCAUUGCAAAUAAAAUAUAUUAAAGAAAUGUGCCAUAAACGAUUGGGCUGCUAAGUGCUCUGUUGGCUUUAUAUGAAGUAUAUUAGAGGGAUCUCUUUUGCUUCCCACUCUCACUCUUUCUCCCUCACUCUUUCUCGCACGCUCUCUCUUUCUCGCUCUCAGAGGCCCUGUCCUUCCCUCUCCACACAAGCUCUAUGGCUUCAUUAAGGCACUUGAGAAAAGCCGAUUAUGAGUAUCAUGUUACAAACAGCAUUCUGCGAGUUUAACACAAGCUGCUCCCAGAGGCAUAGUGUUAAGUUGAGAAAUGACAAAAAAGUACGUCCAUGAGGCAAGAUCAGCGUGUCCAAUGAGAUGAGCCAGAGCAGGGUUUAGUCUUUGUCUAAUAAAGCAGCCUUUAUUCUGCCAAGAUCAGGCUGACUGCUCCUAGUGUUCUAAGCCCAGUAUAGUAGCGGUGUAUUAGAGACCUGCUUUUAGUAGCUUUGGUGUUUUGGUUUGAUCAUGACGGCACUUCAUUGAGACAGCAAAGGAGGUGAGGAGUGUUGUGGCGGGAGGAGAGUGGAAGAUUUCAUCCAUGUCUUCUCUCUUGUGUACACCUAUACAGCAUCCUCAAAGGCCGAAGAGCUGCCGCUGUACCUGGGCUUUCAGACCUGUCACUUUCCCAUCACUGUGCAGCGCGCAGAGCCAGCCGGCCGGCCUCCUUUUUAAAGCAGACCCACUUCCCUCAUGCCCUUUCCUGACCCUCACUCACCCUGCACAUUCCCCCCUUCGACACCCUCACGUCCCCCUGCAAACACUCAACUUAUUGGACUGACCGGAAAGCACUCCCUAUUCCAGGAGCCUUCCAAUGUUUGUUUCUUCUGCGACCUGAAGCCUGUUUUGUUUUCGGUUUAAUUUAAUGUCAUGUGUUAAAACUGUGUGUACCAUAUUAAGGGAGAAAAAGCACUGAGCCCCAAACUGCUGCAAACCCUCUCUGGAUGCUCCCUCCCUUGUUGCUGAGGGUGCAUCUGGAGAGGUAACAUGAAGAUGGUGAGGGGACAGUGGGGGUCAGACAGGGGCUGCUUUGGGAGUCAUGGGAUGGUGGGAUUGUUCUAAAAGUCAGACCUAUUCAAGUUCUACUCACACAGAUGGUGCUCUGUGGCAGUGAGUUCCAAGUUUGUUUACAGUGUAAUUAGAACCAAUAUGAAAACCAUAGCCUUAUUGCAUGCAGUGACCAAAUCUAGAAUCUCUGCUUUUCAAAGGUCUUAAGCAAAGCUCGAAAAUGGCUUUGGUAACGCAUGGAAUUGUACUGUGUGUUGCUUCUUGAGGACAGACACUCCUCGCACUAAUUUCACAUUCCCUUCCUUUAUUCUUUAGGUGUGGCUUUCCCCACGAAAGGCUAAAAGUGCUUUCGAGGAUCCUUACUGAGCCCCUCAUCCGAUCUGAGUGUUAACACACAUGCGCUUUCGUUUCACAGUGGCCUUGUUAUUUCUUGAGUGUUAAAGAAUUAUGAAAUCAAGCCUAGCAGUCAGUCGGACACACUACUGUUUUGUUUACACUGGCCGGCCCUCUGCCCAAAGAGGCUCAGCGUAUGCUUAGAAAUAUUGUAUAUGUGCCUGAUGCCCGUUCAGCAGUAAAGGAAUCUGUGUGUAUGUGUAGAUCACAGAACUGUUCCACUGACUGCUAUGUUUUAUGGUUUUGGAGAAAAGAGAGUAAAAAUCAAGAAGAUUGCUUUACUAAUCACUUUAAUCAUUGCCCUUGUAUUUUCUACCCUUUUGUUUUUACUACUGCACAUGUGCCUACGCACUAUCCUCUCUGUGUCUUUGCUCAGAGAGUGAGUUUAUCAGUAUUAUAUUUAAAUGUGGAACUGGAGAGAUGCACUUCCCUGUUGCUUCAGUGCAGGAUUAUGUGACUAGUAAAGCUGCCUUCUCUCUCUGUCUCUGUCUCUGUCUCUGUCUCUCUCUCUCUCUCUCUCUCUCUGUCUCUGUCUCUGUCUCUGUCUCUCUCUCUCUCUCUCUCUCUCUCUCUCUC